CCUGGCGCUUCCGCUUCCGGGUUGUGCGCGUGUUCCGACCGCGAUGGCCGUGGAGCUGGUGGUGCACCGCGCGAGGCUCUUCGGCUUCGUUCCCUCCGGAGUCCGGGCCCUGGCCGCCUCGCCUUCCGCGGGGCUGCUGGCCUCCUCCCGCCUCGACGGCGCCCUCGAGCUCUUCGCCCUCCGAAGCAACGCCUUCCGCCACAAGGUCAUCCCAGGCCACGAGACGAGGGUCCCAGAAGCCAUUUGCUUUGCGGCAGGAGACAGGCUCUUUGGUGCCAGCCUCAACGGGGACGUUUUUGAGUACGACUUGGAGAAGCUAUGUGUGAAAUACUCCCUGGAUGCCUUUGGGGGCCCCAUCUGGAGCAUGGCGGCGGAUCCCACCGGGACCCAGUUGGCGGUCGGCUGCGAUGACGGCUCCAUCAAGCUCUUUGCGGUUUUGUCUGACCGAAUCCAGUUUGAGCGGCAUUUGGACCGGCAGAAAGGACGCAUCUUGUCCCUUUCCUGGCAUCCCUCUGGCACCAAGAUUGCGGCUGGCUCACUUGACCUCAUCCUUGUCUUCGAUAUAAAAUCGGGCCGUGCCAUCCAGCAGAUCCAUGUGGACCGGCGCCUGCAAGAAUCACAUGCCCAGAAGUGCGUGGUGUGGGGAGUGGCCUUCCUUUCGGAUGGCACCAUCGUCAGUGCGGACUCGGCGGGCAAGGUCCAGUUCUGGGACUCUGAGAUGGGGACUCUGUUCUCCAAGCACCCGGUCAGCAAGUCGGCUGCCCUUUGCGUGGCACUGUCUGAGACAGAAGACAGCCUGGUGGUGGGCACUUCAGAUGGCUCUGUGUACCAGUUCCAGCUGCUCCCAGUUAGGCUGGAUAACGGCGAAAACCAGUGGGUGCGGACGAGACGUUACCAGAUCCACACCCACGACGUGCGGGCAGUGGCACACACCGCAACAGCCUUCUUCUCUGGAGGGCUAGAUGGACAAAUUGUGAUCCGGCCGCUGGUGGAGAAGGUGGAAUUCAAGACCUAUGAAGCAGCCCUUCGGAAGAUCACCUUUCCUCAUCAAUGCUUGGUUUCUUGUGCCCGGAAGGCCCGUCUCCUCUUGUUCCAGUACCCUCAACACCUGGAGCUUUGGAGACUUGGAGCUACCAAUGCGACAGGAAAGGCAGGGGAAAUCCUACCUUUGUCUCACCCUCCGGAGCACCUACUACAGCUCAAGGCCAAGGGUCCUGAUCACAUCGGCAGCAGCUGCGUCUCUCCCUGUGGCACCUGGAUUGCCUACUCCACUGCGUCCAAGUUCUGUCUGCACCGUGUCCUGCUCAGCGGUGACCAAAUCAGCAUCAAGAGAGUAAGAAGACGCUUCCUGGGUGUGGGUUGUCUUAGGCAAGGAUCAGGAACCUCUUUGUGCCUCAAAACCCAAGUUCCUGACACGCCAAAGCUGCUUCGCUCUGCUCACCAUCUCCUCUUCUCUGCGGAUUCCACCAGGCUCUUUGUGGCGUCAAACCGGGGCUGCGUUCACAUCCUUAAGCUCUUGAAGGCAGGGACUUGCAAGUUCCUACACACCCUCCGUCCAAACUCAGAAACAGCGGAAGCCGUGUAUCUGCUGAGUGCGAGUUCUGACGGCAAGUGGUUGGCUGCGGCCGACGGCAGUCGGGAAAUCAACAUCUACAGCUUGGAAAAUGCCAAGCUGCAUUGCGCUGUGCCUGUCUACGACUGUCCGGCCUCGGCCUUGGCCAUUCACCCAGUGACCAACAACCUGGUCAUCGCCCAUUCAGACCAGCAGCUGUUUGAGUUCAGCAUCGCAGACCAAGAAUACACUCCUUGGAGCCGGAAGGUGCAGCAGGUGGGGCUCCACAGGGACUGGCUGGAGCGGGACACCCCCAUCACCCACAUCGCCUUCAGCCCCAGGCACGCCUCCCACAUCCUCCUUCAUGACACCUACAUGUUCUGCAUCCUGGACAAGGCGCUGCCGCUGCCGAAGGACACCGCCAUCUUGCACAACCAAGUCUUGCUGUCGCAGCUCCCCCAGGCCGCCCAACGCACUGCCAGCCAUGCCUUCAAGAUUUGCAAGAAGUACCAGCCGCUGUUGUUUGUGGACUUGCUGGACGAGAACUCGCUGCUGGUGGUGGAGCGCUCCAUCAGCGACCUCAAGGCCCAGCUGCCUCCUCCGGUCUAUCAGAAGAAGUUUGGCACGUAGAGGGUUCCCUCCUGGCCCUGGCUGUUGCCACCGCCACUGCAACUCCAUGUAAAAACCAGGAGCCCCGCAGAACUGCCGUUUCAGUGACUCCUGGAAGAAGAGCCACAGGUGGGUGCCAGGUCUCCUGCAGGUCGGAGCAGAGGAAAGGCAGCCCUGCUUGCGGGCAUUGGGCCAGCUGGAAUUGCCCUCCUUCUUUCUUUCCUUGACUUUAGCUCCCCUCCGCUCUGGCCUUAUCAGAACCAGGCUGAUUCUGACCUUGGCAUCCAGGCUGCGCCAAUGAUUAACCUCUGUAAGACAGGCAGCAGGCCAAGAAUCAUUGGAAAUCUUAUUUUCUGGGAGGGAGAGGGAACAUGGCAAGGCCUCUAAUUGACUUUAUACAGAUCCAGUCCUUUCAUAAUAAAUCGUAAGAAAUACA